UGGAAGUCUGGUGUGAAGGCUGCGCGAAAGUCGUCGGGCGACCGCGAGUUGGAUUUCAUUUUCACAUAAUCUCUCGAUAUUGCGUGAGGAAGAGUCCUCCUCGAGGUGACCAGUGCGUGCACGCGUGCGUUUGGCAGUGCGAUAAACAAUGGAUAGCAGUCCAAUUGUGAUCACAGACGACGAGGACGUGAAUAUGGGAAGUGGGACAGCAAUGGACGACGAUCUCCUGCCCCAAGACAGCCUCUCGCUCGCCGAGAAGAAGAAGGAUCUGGGCAAUGAGCAAUACAAGAUCAAGAACUACGGCGCAGCUCUCAAACUGUACUCCGAUGCCAUCUCGCUGUGCCCCAACUUGCCGGCCUUCUUCGGCAAUCGCGCCGCCUGCCACAUGAUGCUGGGCGACUACAAGCAGGCCCUCAGCGACGCCAGGCAGGCCAUCGACUUGGAUCCGGGCUUCGAGAAGGGCUUCAUCCGCAUCGCCAAGUGCUGCCUCAUGUUGGGAGAUCUCGUGGGCACUGAGCAGGCGGUGAAGGCGCUGCUGAACCUGGAGCCAAAGAGCGCAGCCCUGAAUGCGGAGAUGCAGGGUGUGCAGCAGCUGCGCGAGCUGGAGGCCAAGAGUAUGAUCUCGUAUGAGAGGAAGGACUUUCGCACGACCGUGUUCCAGAUGGACAGCGCCCUGAAGAUCGCGCCCGCGUGCCAGCGCUUUCGACUGCUCAAGGCGGAGUGUCUGGCGCUGCUGGGACGCGUGGAUGAGGCGAAUGACAUCGCUGUGAACGUGAUGAAGACGGACUCCACGGCCGCCGAUGCGGUGUACGUGCGUGGACUUUGUCUGUACUUCCAGGACAACCUGGACAAGAGUGUAAUACACUUCCAGCGUACGUUGUCGCUGGAUCCGGAUCACCAGAAGGCGAAAGUAUGGCGCGUGAAGACGCGACAGCUGAAGGAGCGUAAGGAUCGCGGUACGGAGCUGUUCAAGGCGGGGAAGUUCAGGGAGGCGCACUCGGCGUAUUCGGAGGCGCUGAAAAUUGACGAGAUGAAUAAGGAGGUAAACAGCAAGUUGUACUACAAUCGGGCGCUCAUGUCGUACAAGUUGGAUCUGCGAAAGGACGCCGUGCGCGACUGCAAUGCGGUGCUGAACAUCAAGAGUGACUACUUGAAGGCGAUUCUCCUGCGUGCCAAAUGUCACACUGAGCUGGAGCUGUACGAGGAGGCGGUGCGGGAUUACGAGCAGGCGCUCAAGGUGGAGAAGACCAGUGAGAUCAAGAAUAUGCUGCGAGACGCCAAAUUGGCGCUGAAGCGAUCGAAGAGGAAGGACUACUACAAGAUCCUCGGCGUGGGCAAGAAUGCCACGGAUGAUGAGAUAAAGAAGGCGUACCGAAAGCGAGCUCUCAUCCAUCAUCCGGAUCGACAUGCCAAUUCCACGGAUGACGAGAAGAAGGAGCAGGAGAAGAAAUUCAAGGAAGUGGGACAGGCGUACUCGGUGCUGUCGGAUCCGCAGAAGAAGGCGCGAUAUGACAAUGGACAGGAUAUCGAUGAGUCCGGAAUGGAUUUUGAUCCCACUGAGGCGUUCCAGCGAUUCUUCUUCUCCUCAAACAGCGGCUCCUUCAAUUUCCAUUUCCAAUAGAUGUCAGACUGGGCAAGACCUCUGUGAGCGUUAAAGUCAAAAUUCCAAAACCUCUCCCACAUUUACACUAAAUUCCCACGUUGUAUUCUCUCGUACCGGGGCGCCUCUUGAUGCGCCAGAUAUUCAAUUAGAAAUUGCCUGUAAUUAAGCAAUUCAUUGAUGGAACAUAGAAAUAAAGAUGGAUAAAUGGAA